CUUAAAUCGAAGAGAGUAUCAAAGAGACAGAGCCUGUAAUUGUUUUUUUUUUAAGAAAAAAAAAAAACGCAAUUCCCAAGGUGGUUAGCAUUAGCAAAAGGACUAAUAAAGUCAGAAGAGUUGUGAGUUAGGCUCUUGAGAGAGAGAUCCAAGAGACAGAAGGAACAUACUCUUAAUUACCACAUUUACAAUACAAAAUACUCCUUCCAAAUUAAGACUAGUAUUCUAAAUUCUAAUAUUAAUAUAUUUUGCUCUGCUCUGCUCUGCUGUUGCAUGUGAAAUUCCAGAAAAACAUACCCUUCUUCGAACACUCUGCCUCCUCUCUUUUCCAAUUCCCUGCAAAAAUCCAUCAUCAUUCCAAAAUUAACUUAAUUUUGUGUAUUUCCAAGAAAUUCUUUUCGUCCUUCCCACUUUCCUUAUCUUUCUUUUCUCUUUCUAACAACACCCAUUUCUAUAAAUGUAAUACUUCCCUUUCACAAACCUGCAAAUCACCCUACUUUUUUAGCUAACAAUUUUGUAUAAGGAACCCAUUUUUGUUACAUUUGUAGAGCGGUGGAGAUUUGAGUUUUUUUUUUUUCAUUCCAAAAGAAAGUAUUAGUUUAUUGUGAUAAGUUCUUAGAUUCGAUUCUCGUAAUACCCUAAAAUCAAAAUCAAAAUAAAAUAAAAAAUGUCUGCAAAACUUAUAUAUUCAUUGUCAGAUGAUGAGAUUCAAAAGCAGAAGCAGAAGCUUAAGAAGCAGAUGGGAUGUAUGAAUGGAUUGCUUCAGUUUUUUGAUCCUCAUCAUUUCAUCAAUAAUCGAACAAUUCUAAGCAGCACCUCAAUUCACACUGCAAUUUCUUCAGAUGAAAACAAGAAACAAGGAAAAACAAUCAAUAAUGCUAGCAAGAGAUUAAAGGAAAAACAUCGGAAUGUCAUAAAAGAGAGGCAAGUGAACCCUAUAGAAUCAUCCCGACACUCCUUUUCGUGUUCCGACUCUACAACUAUAUCGUCAUCAGACUAUGAAUCUGCAACAAAGCCUGAGCAGUCCCCAUCCACGGAGACCAUUUCCUGCGAACGACAAUAUUCAGAUUCCCGAGCAAGCAAGCCACAUUCCUCACCUCGCCGACCAAGUUCACCAGCAAAAAUAAGCCACCACCACAAGAAACACGACAAAGAGACAUUCUCCAACAGUCCAUCGCCAAAAAAAUCCGCACAAAGAGGUGUGGCAACAUAUGAUGCCAAGCAUUUGGAAUUCCGUGGACUUUCCAAUACAUCCAGACCGGAUAGUCCGCGACUCGCGGCGCUUAAUGACUCAUUCCCGUCGAUUAGUUCGAACCAUAGUGCACCUGCGGUAACUCCAAGGAACAAGGAUAUUGCUCGAUUCUCUUAUGACGGCAGGGAAGCAAGGGACUGCAACAUUUCUACCUUGAAACUUAGAGACCUCCCGAGGCUAUCCUUGGAUAGUAAGCAGCGAAACAUGAAAGCGCCUGUUCAAGACUUAAAUGAGCCAGCAAGUUGCAGGACACCGUCUAAUAUAGUGGCGAAGUUGAUGGGGCUUGAAGUACUGCCGGAUUAUAAAUCACCCAACAGGCGUCAGACGGAGCAUGAUGACUCGAGCAUUAUCCGAAAUUCAAAUUCAUUCUCGAGAUCAUCACGGAACAUUGAUGCAAGCAAGGUUGAAGAUGAUUUACAUACCCCGAGAAGUAAUUGCAAGGAAUCUAGAAUGCCACGGUUAAACAAAGCCAAGGCAGGGCAAACAGAUUCCACAUACGACGAAGCUCAUUCGGAAUCUAUACACCAUCCUCCAACUGUCUAUGGUGCAAUGGAGAAAAGGUUGGCUGAUCUCGAUUUCAAAAGAUCUGGAAAGGAUCUUAGAGCUUUAAAACAGAUUCUCGAAUCAAUGCAUAGGGAGAAGCGCACGCUGGAGGUUCGACAGGAACAUUGCACGUCUCAUAUGAAAAACAUCGGCUCCUAUCAAAUUAGCCAAAAACCGGGCUCGAAGCAAGCUACUCCACCAACAAGUAAAGGGUUCAGGUCUUCUGAGGACGAUAAUUCAACUACGGAAACAAAGCUGAAUAAAACCGCAAAAGAAUCAAGAAAACAAGCAACUCAAGUCAUACACGAUAUACCGCUUGCAAGAUUGCAGACGAUCAGGAUUCAGCCUGUAGACGGAAAGAAGGAUUCAGCACAGAAGAAAACUGCAAAAAAUCACAAAGAAACUCAUCACAUCUUGAACAAGUAUUCGAGAGAAAUAACUCCGAGGCCAAUAAGAACAUCCAAAGCACCUGAAAGUACGACCAGGUCGAAUCUGAGAAGCUCAGUUAGGAUCACAGACACUGGACGCACACAAAUAAACGGAAUUACCCCAGCAAUAAAAUCCAGCUCCAAAGUAAAGAACCGAAAGCAAGCUAUCUCGCAAAAUCAAAAGCUGUCAUGGAAUUUAUCACCAUUGCAAGAACCAGCUGAUGACCAAUCAAGUGAGUUUAGCAGUGACUCAGCACUUACGAGCCAGCAACACACAGAAGUAAAGGGCGACCAAAAACCGGAAGGAACUCAAGGUAAUAUAGCAUUUGAAGAGCUAGCAAUAAAUGUAACGGAGCAACCUAGCCCCGUUUCAGUCCUAGAUGCAAGUUUCUAUGAUGAUGAAUCUCCAUCUCCGGUGAAAAAGAAACCAACGGCAUUCAGAGAUUUUGAGAGUAAUGCAAUAUAUACUGAAGCAGAAAUUAAAAACGCCGAGCCAACUUCCCCUGAUAGCAUAAAACCAGAUUUCAGUUGUUUGACUGAUUAUCAGAAACGAGAGGACAUCAAAGAGCCGGCUCCUAAUAACCGAGACUUGAAUCUAGAUAAGUCAUACGUUUCUGAAAUACUCUUCGCCUCAGGAUUCCUACAUAACCGUGAUCACAUAGAAGAUCAUCUUGUCCACCAAUCACAGGAAGUAAUCAACCCAAAACUGUUCUAUGUGCUCGAACAAACCAAAGGAAGCAGAUUUGAAUCCGAUAAGAGAUCCUACAAUGAAGACCGAAAAACAAGAACCAAUGACCGAUGUAGAAGAAGGCUCCUGUUUGAUGUAGUGAACGAAAUUAUAUCUCAAAAGCUCGCUCAAACGAAGUCGAGGCUUUUAACGACUGGCCCACAGCUACUGCAACAAAUUCAUAAAGAAAUAGAUCAGCUCCAACCUAUUAGCUUGCCUCAAAGCUUAGAUGAUGAGGAUGACUUUCUGACAACCAUCAUAGACAAAGAUCUAACAUAUGGAUCACCAAAUUGGAUCAACUUCAACAUUGAGAUACCGGGUUUAGUACUGGAUAUCGAACGAUUGAUAUUUAAAGACUUGAUCGUGGAGCUUGUUCAUGACGAGGCUGCAGAAGCACAAGUUCUGAAACACAGCAAGCAGUAUUACUGACUCAACUGUAUGAUUUCUCUUAUUUGCCUUUACUACUUGAUUUUCUUUUUACAUGAAGUGUAAUUAACUUGGUUGUAACACGAAAUUUUAGUGCGCUCGGGUAUUUCGGUACAGCAUCUUGUAAAGCAUUAAAGUAUUUCUUUCUAUGACUCCCAUAUGUGUUGAUGUAUCUUUCCAAAGAGUAAGCUAUAAAAGGAGCCAAAAGAUACUUGUAACCAGUUUCAAACGCGGAAAGUUACUUGGUGUCGAUGCAUGUAAAUUCUCUAACACGCUGUAAUUUUAUCCGCCCUUCGAGUGUCAUUAAACAGAGAGGACUGGUGUUAAGGUUGGCAAUUGGCCCUCAAGGCGAAUCAACUAGGAUGUCCUCUCUACUAGUAGAUUUCGGUGACUUAUAUUGGUUAAGAGGUCUUGGGUAAGAGCCAUGAUUUUGUAGGCCUUUAAAUCAGCAUGACUUCCAACUCAAAAUCAAACAUAGACUCACAAUUAAGCAUAAACAUGGAGGGCAUUGCAUUUACACAACAUCAUCAUUAUUCCAAUGUGUACUGCUUAAGGCAAGGUCUAGAGAGGGUGGGAAAGAAGGCAGACCAACACCCUCAUCACGAGGAGGUCUUCUAGGACGCUUCGGUUCACCCAAUAGUCAUGGUCAUGAAAUCAAGUGCACAACAAGACAUCAUGCAAGAUUGGUCAUGGAAGGGUAUUCAAAGAGUUUAGACACACCUCUGGGGCUAGUCGUCCCUCCUCUGUGAACCAAGUUUCUAGGCCCAAGAGCAUAGAGUUCUAACCACUUUAUAGGUCACAUGAAAGCCAAAAUCACAUAAAUUAACCUUAAUCGUUCCCUUAGUAGGCUAAUGGGCCAUUUGGCCCAAAAUCUAAAAUAUCAACCACUUACACAUGAUUAGAAAAUUUGAACAAAAUAAACUUAUUUAAAUCUCAAAAUAAGAUUCAGGAAAUUUUAAUUCUCAAGUGUCUCCAUACCAAAGCUGAGGUCAGGUAUUUGUUCAUUAUUACUAAAAGCGAACAAACAAACUGGUCAAAAAAGUCAAAAUUCUCUAUUCGUUGUUAUUAACUGCGAACACAAGGAAGACAAUGUCAUAACGUUCGAAGGGAAAAAAAGUAGAACCAAUCCUAGUUCUGUUAUCAACAGCGAACAAACAUGUAAUUUUUUUGUCCUUUCAAACGUUAUGAAAUUGUCUUUUUUUUUGUUCGCCGUUACUAACAGCGAACAAAGUCCUGGUAAAUUUUUUUCUCUUGUUCGUUGUUAGUAACAACGAACAAAGCAUGACCUUAGGCUCAAACACAGAGAUGUUUAUUUUGGAAAUUAAUUUUUCGAACAUUAUUUUGAAAUUUUUUUUAAAUAAUGUUUAUUUUAUCCAAUUGUUCGCAUAAUUACAAGAAGAACAUCAAGAAUAAUUAAGGAGGAUAUGAUUAGAGUAAGCAUCAUUAACAACUAGUUAAGAAAGUACUUCGGCUAAUCAAACAUGAUUAAGACAUGGUUUAAAAAUCUAACUAAAGUAAGAAGUAAGAACAUGAAAUACUAUAAGAUUUGAUGUCAAAUAAAGUCAUACAAGAUAAGAACCAAGAGACUAAUAAAGAAUUUCACAAACAAUGGUAAAUGAACUACAAAUAAAAAAAUACUCAAAAUGUUUUUGAAAUUUGAUUGUUGCUCCAAAUUAGAAGGCUGGAACAAACCUUAAAAACUCCCUAAAUAACAUUUAAAAUACAACUUUAGUUGAAGAAGUAAAUGAAAUCCAAUGUUUAGAGAAAUUAAGGAUAUAGAGAAGAAGGCUUUCAGCACAUGAUUGGAUAACAUUAAAAAAAUCAGCCGGUCUCCUGAGACGGUUUCUCAGGCCUGGUUUAUUAAAGUUUAAUGUCUACUUAUUGUAUGUUUAAUGUCUACUUAUUGUAUGUUUAAUGCCUACUUACAUCAUUCUUAAUGCCCACUUAUCUAUCCUUAAGCCCACUUAUAGUAUCUUAAUGACUACUUAUAAUAUUCUUAAUACCUACUUACAGUAUUCUUAAAUACUUACUUACAGUAUCCUUAAUACCUACUUACAUCAUUUUUAAAUGCCUACUUACCGUAUUCUUAAUGCCUACUUACAAUAUCUUUAAUGCUCACCGAGUAACCGUGCAGUAUUUAUAAUAUCUUAAAUGUCUACUUAUGUUAUUCCUAAUGCCCGCCGAGUAGCUUACUCUACAUUUUUCUUUAUGGAAUUACCCAAUUAAAAAUGGUCUC